GAUACUGUCCGGUUUUUAAAUGUAGCUCGCAAAGUAUUUGGCACAUGGCAAAAUUGUCAGAAAAUGUUGCUUGUAUUUGUGUUCUCUUUUUAUGGAUUGCAGUGUUGAUGACGGAGAGCAAGAAUGUGCGACACUCUAUGGAUGAUGACCUCUUGUUGCCCUAUGCUGAUACUCACGGCCCGUCUCAUUCCCAUCGGCACGUGAGGGACUGUCAGCAUCUCAUCCAUGGAAACUUAACCCAUGAAACCUGGUCGGCUAGUGCCCACCCUGGAGCUCCUGUAGUAGAAUCCAAGAUUUUUAUCUCAGCAUUUGGCAGCAAACCAGUGAAAUGGGUGAGUGGCCACAUCACCGUGGUUCAUGACCCUCUGAGAACAGUGUCUGUGCUGGAGCCCGGAGGCCCCGGAGGUUGUACGAUUUUCCGUAGAGAGCUUGUGGAAAACACUGCUAAAACAAGGAAGUGUCUGAUCGCCCAGAAUGCUGGAUAUUUUCACACUGCAAAGGGGGAGUGCUUAGGGAACAUUGUGAGUGAUGGCAGACUGGUACAGAAUAGUGGAGGAGUGCAGAACGCUCAGUUCGGCAUCAGGAAGGAUGGGACGCUGGUGUUUGGUUAUCUCUCAGAGGAUGAGGUUUUGGACAGAGUAAACCCUUUUGUGCAGCUGGUCAGUGGGGUGGUGUGGCUGCUCAGAUCAGGAGAAGUUUACAUCAAUGAAAGCUUGCAGGCUGAAUGUGCAAAGUCUGAGGAGACAGGAACAUUACAGGAUUUCGUCGAUGUGAUCUCAGCCCGGACAGCAGUGGGCCAUGACGCAGAGGGCAGACUCAUUCUCUUCCACAGUGAUGGCCAGACCCAAAUCAGAGGUAUGAACCUGUGGGAGGUGGCGGAGUUCCUUAAGAAGCAGGGAGUCAUCAAUGCCAUUAAUCUGGAUGGAGGCGGCUCUUCCACUUAUGUCCUUAAUGGGUCACUGGCAAGUUUCCCCUCCGAUCACUGUGCGGAUCCAAUGUGGCGCUGUCCUCGGGCCGUGUCCACUGUGUUGUGUGUGCACGAGCGUCUCUGUCAGCCCGAGGAUUGCAACCAGCAUGGGACCUGCGUGGACGGCCAGUGUGUGUGCCAACCCGGCUGGGCCGCGCCCACAUGUGCCAAUCUAACAUGCCAGCCACCAGCCUGUGGAGACCAUGGGCUCUGCACUCCAGAUGGCUGUGUGUGUGAUCCAGGGUGGAUCGGUGUGAACUGCAGUCAGGAGUGUCCAGCGGGUUUCUAUGGCGAUGGGUGUAAGAAGACGUGUGUGUGCCUCAAUGGAGGAUCUUGUGACCCUGUCCAUGGGCGAUGCACAUGUCCUGCUGGUUUUCAUGGAGAUUCUUGUGAGCAAGAAUGUCCUCUAGGCUUCUACGGGCUGCUGUGUUUGCAGGAGUGCCAGUGCAGUGACCUUUGUCCUUGUGACCCUGUAACAGGAAGCUGUAAUACCACAUUCCUUGGCCAGAGAAAUACCAGUCUGCAGAAGGCCACUCACUGCCUAGCCACCCAAAUGUGGAAGGAGUGGCGAGAGCAAGAUGAGGCUCACACGCAGAAGCCUUAUCUGUCCGAGCAAAGCUGGAUGGUUAUCACUGCCGUCUUGGCUGCAGUCUUGCUGACCAGUCUCAUUGGAAACUUAAUCCAAGUGUGUGGAAAAUGCAGACGGCGUCCACAGCAGGAUUAUUCCUACAUGCAUCUGGAGGAAGUUAAUGGAGCUAGGGAUAGUCCAAAACACUCGAGGACGCAGCCUGGAAGAGCCCUCUUUCAACCAAAUGACUCGGACUCACAAGAUUCCUCAUAGCCCAUGUAUGUAUGCAGGGAUGUGUGUGUGUGUGUGUGUGUGUAUUAUAUACUGUAUAUGUGGCACGGUGGUGUAGUGGUUAGCACUGUCGCCUCACGGCAAGAAGGUCCGGGUUCGAGCCCCGGGGCCGGCGAGGGCCUUUCUGUGCGGAGUUUGCAUGUUCUUCCCGUGUCCGCGUGGGUUUCCUCCGGGUGCUCCGGUUUCCCCCACAGUCCAAAGACAUGCAGGUUAGGUUAACUGGUGGCUCUAAAUUGACCGUAGGUGUGAAUGUGAGUGUGAAUGGUUGUCUGUGUCUGUGUGUCAGCCCUGUGAUGACCUGGCGACUUGUCCAGGGUGUACCCCGCCUUUCGCCCGUAGUCAGCUGGGAUAGGCUCCAGCUUGCCUGCGACCCUGUAGAACAGGAUAAGCGGCUAGAGAUAAUAGAUGUGUAUGUAUGGGGUGUGGGUGUAGGUGUGCAUCAUGGCCUGUCCAAUCAGGAGUAAGAUGCUUCUUGGGGUGCAUCCUCAAUGACCCUGAAGUUGAUUAAUCACGCAGAGAAACAGACGUUCCUGCAUGUCGUUCCUGCUGAUACUCCGUCAGUACACCGAGCUCCUCACAGCCAGUAUUGUGAUCAAAAUAAAAUCUGCAAUCAAACAUGUGUAUAACAGAAGAGCUACUGGGUCACAGAGUCUCUCAGUUCAACCAAUGACUUGCCACUUUUUGUGAAUAUACACAUCUGUGUAUGCCUUCAGUAUCCAUAUCAUGGCCUUGACAACAUUAUGUAAUCAAGCAUCAUCAUUGGCAUGUCGUGAUUCCUUUGUUUUCCCUCACUCUGGUUUACCUUUGCUUCAUAACUCAGGAACUUCACAUUUUGGUCACCAGGCUUGAAUAUUAACCACAGACAUGUGGUCGCGUGUGCACUGCUUCGGGUCCUUGAUGUUUUUGUACUAUGUGUUGCUAUAGGAGCAAACCAGAAUUGGACUGUGAAUCCUGUAAUAAGAUAUUGGUAUUGUAUUUACUUUUUUAUUUUCAUUUGGAAGCAGACUCGCCCUGCUCGGUUCACAGCCGAGUACAUGUAAUCUUAAGCAAUUUCCCUGGGCAUACACUGUAAAAUCAUUCCCUGGUUUGUUUUCAUUGACUCCAAAAGACCAAAACAAGGACAUUUCAAAGGGACUUUGACCUCGAUCCCGUGAAUCUGGAUGGCAGGAUGUGUUAAUCCCACUGGUUUUUCACCUAAAUUAAUGAGACGUGGAAGGGCAGGAUCACCGAAGUCGUCCUUUCAGUUUUAGUGCCUUAUAAUUCCUGCUUUUUAUGGUGUCUCUGUUUUGUUUUGUUUUUUGUACACUAUUACUACAGAAUAAUACUUUUAAUCUGUGCACUGUCUGUGAACUCCUCAGCUUUAAGAGCACAGGAGCACAAGCUUUGUAACGUGAGGAUUACUAUCCAUCCAUUAUCUCUAGCCGGUUAUCCUGUCCUACACACUCACAUUCACACCUACGGUCAAUUUAGAGUCACCAGUUAACCUAACCUGCGCUGUCGCCUCACAGCAAGAAGGUCUGGGUUCGAGCCCCGUGGCCGGCGAGGGCCUUUCUGUGUGGAGUUUGCAUGUUCUCCCCGUGUCCGCGUGGGUUUCCUCCGGGUGCUCCGGUUUCCCCCACAGUCCAAAGACAUGCAGGUUAGGUUAACUGCUGACUCUAAAUUGACCGUAGGUGUGAAUGUGAGUGUGAAUGGUUGUCUGUGUCUGUGUGUCAGCCCUGUGAUGACCUGGCGACUUGUCCAGGGUGUACCCUGCCUUUCGCCCGUAGUCAGCUGGGAUAGGCUCCAGCUUGCCUGUGAUCCUGUAGAACAGGAUAAAGCGGCUACAGAUAAUGAGAUGAGAUGAGAAUUAGCCUA